GGGAUUCCCCAUCUCCCGGGGGGGCCCCGCACCGCCCCGCACCAUGGCGGGGCCCUGGGCGCUCCCCGUCACCCCGGGGACUCACGCCGUACGCGGGGACCCCCGCCGUCUGCCUGGGCCCCCACCCCUGGAGUGGGCAGCGGGGUGGGACCGGGGUGGCCUCCCUUGGCCGGAGCGGGUUGCCCGGGGCCGAGCCCCAGCCCCCGGGCAGCCUCUGCCGAGCGGGCAGCCCCGGGCCGAGCCCCCCCCACCCCCCCCACCCCGAGCAAGGAGCGCCAUCCGCCCGGGUCCACCUUAACCCGGGGCAAGCUGUGCCGCUGCUGCCCCGUGCCCAGGAGAGGCUCCUGCGGGAUCACAGGGGCGUUUAUCUUGCCCGGGAUCAGCCAAUAUUUGUGGCCACGUCAGGAGAACGAGCCCUUCCUCACUCUCUGCUCCUGCGGAGUCCGGCGCUGCUGUCCUGCUGCCACGCUCUGCUCUCCCAGCCCCAGCGCUGCUGUCCCGAUUUGACUUUGGCUUAUCAGGCAGUUGGAGGAUCACUGUUUGCCAAGACCCCCAAGCUGUCACCUCCUGGCACUGGAGAUGACAGCCACCGUGGCUUUCCUGCUCCUGAGCCUUCUGAGGAUGGCGGCUCCCAAGGGAGCGUGGUGCCCAGCCUGCGGGCUGGCAGCCCUGGCCCCCACCACGCAGCGGGACGUCCUCAUCGCGCUGGCAAAGCAGAGCAUCCUCUCCAAACUCCGCUUGCCAGACAGGCCCAACAUCACUCAGCCCACGUCCAGGGGGGCCCUGCUGACCGCUCUCCGCAGGAUGCGUGCGCAGCGCAUGGACACGGCCGUCUCCCCCGGGAUGCCCCGUGACGGCAGCAUCCCACACCUGCGUCCUGGGAUAGGCCUGCAGGAAUACGAGAUCUUGAGUUUUGCCGAAUCAGGGUCCUCCACCUCCCGCAGCGUUCACCUGCAUUUCCGCUUCACCCGGGAGCUGGCUGGGAGCACUGAAAUCCUGCAAGCCACCCUCUACCUGUUUUGGGCAGUCCCCGGCCCCGGGAUGCAUCCUGUCACCGUCAGACUCUUGCAGCCAGACCAGACGGGGCUGAACAUGACCGUGGCCAGCGAGACACAGCUGGAGGUGCAGAGGGCUGGUUGGGCCACACUGGACGUGGGCCGAGCUGUCCAGAGCCUCUUUGGCCAAGGGAGCCAGAGGCUCACUGUGGAGCUGGAGGUGGCAGAGGACUGGGGGUCUCCCCUCCUGGCUGGCCACGGUGAUUCCCACUGGCCAUUUGUGGCAGCCCAGGCUCGGGCCAGGACGCCCCACCGGGUCCAGCGGCGCGGCAUUGAUUGCAGUGGGGACUCUCAGAUGUGCUGCCGCCAGGAAUUCUUUGUGGACUUCAAGGAGAUCGGCUGGGAGGACUGGAUCAUCCAGCCGGAGGGAUAUCACAUGAACUACUGCGCAGGGCUCUGCCCCCUACACAUGGCUGGCAUCCCUGGUCUCGCUGCCUCCUUCCACACGGCCGUCCUCAACCUCAUCAAAGCCAACAACGCGAACGCAGCUGUGGACUCCUGCUGCGUGCCCACACAGCGUCGCCCCCUCUCUCUGCUCUACUAUGACCGGGACAGCAACAUCGUCAAGACCGACAUCCCCGACAUGAUUGUCGAUGCCUGCGGUUGUACCUGACCAGCUGCCUGAGGAGGCAGGAGGGCAGGACCUGUGCUGUGCAGGGCUGCCCUCCUCCCAGCCCGUCCCUGGCAGUGCGAGACCCGGCGAGCUGCUGAGAGAUGGGAACCCUGCCAAGGUGCUUUCUCCUCCUGAGGUUGAAGCAUCAAGGGCGAUGCUGAAUCUGCAAGUCCUCUCUUCCUUCACCUCCCACACGGCUCUUUUCCCCCUUCAGAUCUGCCCGUGGAUUCCUCUCUGCCCAUGAGCCAUGGCCCGCGAGACCGGCUCCUGAUGGACACCAGGAGGGUCCUUCCGCCUCCAGGACUCCGCAGGGCACAACUCCCUGGGUGGCUCAGGGCAGCCCCGGCUCACCCUGCUGCUGGUCCCAGACCAAGGCCAUGGGGCAGCCCUCCAUGCUGCAACACGAACAUGUGCUCUUCAGGUAACGGGUCCCAGCAGCGGCCACCUCAGGCUGCUGGGGGAGAUAGAAGCUGAAAAGAUGCUGGGGGAUGGCUAGGCCAGAGGGGAGAGGGCCAUCCACGGGGCCCCACUCCUCAGCUGGACAUGAGGUCGAGGCGGGUGAGGAAGGGGAAAUUGAUCCCAGUGGGAGGAAGGUGUCUCCCUCUCCAAGCAUCUCAGCUACCUGGUAUUCAAUAAAAGACUCCCAGCUGUCGUGUG